CCAUCCACCAAGCGUCACACCUGCCCCCACUGCCCGUACGGCACGGAUCACCGCGGCGACCUCACCAAACACGAGCGAACCCACACGGGCGAGCGGCCCUACGGCUGCCCCGACUGCGGCAAACGCUUCUCCGUGUCGGGCUCGCUGCGCAAGCACCGCCGCACCCACACCGGGGAGAGACCCUUCGAGUGCCCGGCGUGCGGCAGGCGCUUCGCCGACUCCGGCACGCUGCACAAACACCGGCGCACGCACACCGGGGAACGCCCCUUCGAGUGCCCCGAGUGCCGGCGAGCGUUCUCCGUGCCGGGCUCGCUGCUCAAGCAUCGCCGCACGCACUCGGGGGAGCGGCCGUACCCCUGCGCCGAUUGCGGCCGACGGUUCGCCGACCGGGGAAACCUUCGCAAGCACCGGCGGGGGCACACCGGGGAGCGCCCGCACGGCUGCGCCGAGUGCGGGCGCCGAUUCGCCGACCGGGGAAACCUUCGCAAGCACGAGCGCACGCACAGCGGGGAGCGUCCGUACGCUUGCCCCGACUGCCCGCGGGAGUUUGCCGAGUCAGGGCAGCUGGGCCGGCACCGGCGCGCGCUUCACCGGGUCGGCGAGGGAGGAGGAGGAGGGGGAGGGCGGGCGUCACCGGCGGUGGUGUCGGUGCGCUGCUCCGUGUGCUCGGCUCGCUUUGCCGGGCUGGGCGAGCUCCGCCGGCACCAGGAGUUGUCGCACGCCGGACAGAAGCCGUUUGUGUGCACCGUGUGCCAGGCCACGUUCACCAGGUCCACGCACCUGCGGCGCCACCACAAGGGGCACACCGGGGAGACGGGCGCCGCCGGGAAGACCCCCAAGGCCCCGAAGGCCGGCAAGGCCGGCAAGGCCGGGAGGAAGGCCUCCAAGGGCGGCAAGGGGAGGGCCGCUGCCAAAUCUACGGCGGCGAAAAGGGCCAAACGGAUCUCCGCCGUCGCCGCGACCGCCAACAACGACGAUGACGACGUCAACAACGACGACGUCAACAACAAUGACGACGACGUCAACAACAACAACAAUGAUGACGUCAUCAACAAUGAUGAUGAUGAUGUCACCGGCGUUGUCGUAACCGGCACGGCCGCCCAG